CGUAAUAAGUAGCAUGCCGAGGAACUGUUCUGUUACCAGAAAAUGGGCAUCUUAACCUGGCUUUUAUGGUCGUUGAAGAGGUGACUUUUAAGCUGGGUUGCAGAGGCUGAGGAGGAGUUAGCCAGGUGGGGCUGUAACCCAGGCAGAAAGAGCAGCUUGGAAAGACUUUAAAUGGAGAGAAAAGUCCCGAGGAGCUGAAAAACAUUCAGCUUGACUGAAUUGUUGAAUUUGAGCAGAUGAAGGGAGAGGCAAGAUUGACAAAGGUCAGGUCGUAAAACGCUUUGAAGCCUGUAUCAAGUUUCAGUUUGCUAGUAAAAUACCAGUGACUUAAGGUAUAAACCUGGUUUCCUCAUGUAAAGGAAGUCCAAAGCGCAGGGCGAUGUGGUCGCUCCACAGUUAUUGGACACCAGGGUCCUUCUUGGCUCUUUUUGUGCAGCCAUCUAAGGCCCAUGGCUGGAAUUCUCAUUGACACCUCAUGGCUGAAAUGGCUGUUGAGGCCCCAGCCAUCAUGUCUCUGAAGCUGGUGGAAAGAAGGAGAAGAGAUUAAGGAUGGGCAAAAAAGGCCCGACCUGCUGCCGAGUCCCACCUCGACAAGCAUUCCUGGAAGUUCUAACCAAUAGCGUCCACUUACAUCUCAUUGGCCAGAACUUGGUAACCUGAGGGAUGUUUCAUUUACAGAUGUUUUAUAGACUUAGGGACACAACAUUAUCUAGAAGAAAGGAAAUUCUGGCGUUUGGAAAGACAAUAACCCUUCAAGUUUCAAUUACCAAUGCGUCUGAUUCCUAUACUUCCUGUCAGACCUCUCAGAAGCACCCUGGCUACUGCAGAGGCUGGGGUAGUCCUUUGGUAGGACACACUGCUGUCUUGAUAAAAUCAGGGUUAUGUUACUGAGAAACAAGGGGACAGCAGUCAUUGGGUAGAUAACUAGCAGUUUACACGUUACGACUUUGAACUUUAUUGGGAGUAAUGAAGGAUUACAAGUGGUUGAUGUUGCUUCCUAAAAAGAUAAUUCUGGCUGCAGUGUAGAGAACAUACUGGAAGAGGACAGGCUCCAGACAGACGUAACACAGUAAUCCAGGCAAGAGACAACGGUGGCCUAGAAGAUAGUGGUGAUGAUUAGCUUAACUGGGUUGAGGCAGGGUAUGAGCAAAUAAAUGACAUUCAUUCAAUAAAUAUUAAAUGUCAGUGUUAACAUGUGUAAGACACUGAGCUUGGCCUUGGGAAUGUGGUAGUGGCACAAAAAAAGAAAAAAAAAAGACCCCAUCCUGCUCUUAUGGAGUUCAGGGUCUAUUGGGGACCCAAAUGUAAAACUGCAACCAGGACUAGUGCUAGGAAGGAGUUAAUAGCCUAUUAAGAGAGGUCAAGAGGUGUUUGCCUGGAGGAAGUGGUUUUGAGCUGAGAUCUGAAAGUGGAGUAGGAGUAGUUUAGGAGGAGAAUGGGUGCAAGGACUCCUGGUAGAGAUGUACUGAUUGGAGGGGACCAGAAUGGAUGCCUGGAAGCCAGGAGAUGAUUGUAGCCAUCUAGGUAAAAAUGGAAUAGCGUGGAGGUGGGGCGGCUGUAGAAAAGUGGAAGGAAUGGAGAGAUAUCGGGGAGGCAAAUUUCAAACUAUUUUCAUAGGUAGGUGUGAGAGAGGACGGGCUCAGGGGUGCCACCCUUGCUUCUGCCCUGUGCUGCAGGAUAAUUUGGAGGGUUCUUCAUCCAGAUGGGGAGUUUAGGAGAGCACUAGGUUUGGGGAAGAGGCCAUAAAUUGGGUUUUGGACAUGUUGAGUUCGAGUUGCUUUUGAGACCAAGAGGACAUUUUGAGUAGGCACUUGGACGCAUGAGAGUGGAAUGUAGAUCAGAGGAUUGGGCUGGAAAAUCAGUAGGUGACUUAUCAGUACGUAGGAGGUAAGUUUAGGUAUGGGUGCAAGUGAGCUUGCCCAGGGAGAGACUGGAAUAAAAGGAGGGUUAUAGGACCUAGCCUUAAGGAACAUCAAGUCAUUUUUCAUAUUAGAAAAACUAAAUCAUUCCACCUCCCUUCAUACAUCAAACCAUCCAUGGAGUCAGUGACCUUCGGCCUAAAUCCCAAAGCUCUUUGUACCAUCCAGGCUGAGUGACAGGGGUGCAGUCUUCCCAAUAGCCCCAUUUUGCUUCCACCCCUGUAGGAGGCCAUUGUAAGUGACAGUUCUUAAGUGCUUUUCCUAGCGCUACUGAAAAACUUGUGGGAGUUCUGUGUUCCUUUUGUCUAAAAGUGUCUGUGUCCAAGUUGAGAUCAUCCACUGUGCUGGGCCAGGGCCCGGCCUCAUGUUAAAUUUUGUGGUUUUUCUGGUUGCCAAUGACUUUGCUGCACACAGAAGACAUGGUCUCCGCCCUCUUGUUCUUUGUCCUCUUGUCCCUUCCUUUGGAGUAGCGAGGCUCAGCCUCCGGUCUGACUGCGGCUGAGCCUUCUCCUGGGGUGCACCCCAUAAUAUCCACAGGUCAGCUCUGAGGGCUUCUCAGCUCCUGGGAUCUCCCCAUUCUCCUCCAAGGUGAAUGAUGGGAUGCUAGCCUAGCUUGGUUGCUGUCAGCAUGUCAACAACCCCAGGCACACAAUGCUAAGAUCUGUGGGGUCUGGGGCAGGGAGCCUGUCCAGGGAGAGGGAUCGGCAGCCCUCUGGAGAGGUGGAAUUGUUUGUGAGCCUACGGGGAGCCUCCAGUUCAGCUGCUAUGAGCCCCAGCCCCGCCUGGGAAAAUCUAGGGUCAGCUGAGACCCCAGGACCACUUCCUGUUUGGACAAUGACCUCUUCUUCUGCCAAACCACAGGGGCUUGGCUGGCCUUCAGAGCCAGAGCCAGCAUCUCCAGCUGACUGUUUUAUUUGAGGCCACACAGGGCCCUUGGAGAUGGGGGAUGAUUUGGCUCCAACUCCGAGGCAAGCAGCCCAGCUAUCAGUCUCCAAGCCACAGUGUGGUGUCUUCUGUCCAUUGCAUAGACUUGUCAUAGACUCUUGAGAGGAGGGAAGAAGACAGACUCCUCCUGUAGAAUCCUGUGCUGUGGAGGAAAUAGGAGGGACCACAUCUCAGGGGAAGAUUCCCAGGACGGCUCACACUGUAGUAGUCCCCAGGGGUGCACAGAACUUGAUACUGUGAACAGUAUGGCGGUGUGGGGACAACAUGGAACGGUGUUAUGAUAUUUUCUUGUUUGUUCAUUCAAAUAUUACUGAGCCCCCACUAUGUGCUAGCCUCCUUGCUUAUGUAACAGAAACACUAAGGUGGCCAAGAGCUCUUCCAGGAAGAGACAUGGCCACAGAUAAUGGAACUAUAAUGUGGGCUGUAGCACACUAGAGAGGGAGAAGGCAGGUCUUCUCUGGGGGUGGCUGGGUCUUGAGUGAUGGGGACAGGCAAUUUCAAAAGGAAACAAAGCAUAGAAGUACAAGGUAAUCAUAAUCAUAACAGCAACUCCCUUAAAAAAUUUGUUUUUGAAGUUGAUAGUGUGGACUCGAGUUCUGGCUCCAUCACUCACUGUGAUCUUAGGCAAUUAUCUCAGUUUCUGUACUCAGUUUACUCAUCUGUAAGAUGGAGAUAAUAGUGCCUGCCUCAUAGAGCUCUUGGAGUAAAGGUUAGUUGAGGCUAUUAAGCACUUACUACAUUCCAGAUUCUACAUGUACCUGAUUUCUGAUCCUUACAACAACCCUGAAAGCAGGUUUAUCUGUUUUACAGAGCAGGAAGAGUGGCACUCAGGUUGCUCAUGCUCAUAUGGAUUAAAGGCUGGUGUGGGGAUUUGAACCCACGUCUGUCUGACAUCUAAGCUCGUGGCCUUCCUUCUAUUCCAUGUCUAGUGGGGCAGGAACACUGGAUGUAAGUAGAAUGAGAGCAUAAUGAGACAAAGACGUCUUUUUGACACUUCCUCUCCAGUUGGUCAGGGGUAUAUCUAGGCAGACCCGGCAGACACCAAAUCUCUGGUUCUUCAGAGCCAGAUGGUUGUCAGUUUUACCAAAAGACUCUAUAAAAUCCUUCUUGAAUGUGUACCCCAUUGGGCAGGUGGAAAAACCAAAGCAGGAAUUGCUUGGAACUCCUACAACUCAAGUCAGCACAAAAGGGGAGAGGUGGAAAAAGAUUUUAACAGAUCUUUCGCAAAAAAGAUAUGAAUGGCCAAGAAGCACAUGAAAAGCUGUUCAACAUCACUAGGUACCACGGAAAUGCAAAUUAAAACCAUAAUGAGAUACUACUACAAACACGCCCACGUGGCAAAAACGAAAAAGCCCCGCAAAUUAAAUGUUCACCAGGAUGUGGAGCAAUGGGGACUCUCAUACAUUGUUGGUACAAGUAUGAAAUGACAUGUUUUGGAGAAAGAUCUAGCAGUUUCUUGUAAAAUUAAACAUAUACCUAUUCUUUGACCACUCCUAAAUAUUUACCUAAAAGAAAUGUAAGCAUAUGCCUACAAAGAAACUUGUAUAGCAGCCUAGCUCAUAAGAACUAAAAACUUGAAAGAGCUCAGGUGUACAUGGACAGGAGAGCAGAUAAACUAUGGUAUAUUCAGACAAUGUAUGACUACUACACAGAAAUGAAAAGACACACACUGCUGAUACAUGCAAAAACAUGAAUGAUUCUCCAAAACAUUCUUCCCAUGAAAGAAGCCUUUUACAAAAAAAGUACACAUACUAUAUGAUGAUUUCAUCUAUACGAAGCUCUAGAACAGAUUAAUCCAUUUUCUGGAGAAAAAUCAGAACAGUGGUUGCAUCUGGAAGGCAGGGGUCACAGACAUUGCCUGGCAAGGGGCAUUAGCCAACUUUCAGGGAUUUUCCAAACAUAUCUUGAAGAGUUACACAGGUGUAUCCAUUUGUUGAACUCAAUGAAUGUGCACCUCAGAGUUGAGCAUUUCAUUGUUUGUAAAUUUUACACCAAAAGAAAAAUGUAAACAGCUAUGGAACUCUAGUUAAUGAUAUGCAUGCUGAACCAUUUAAGGGGAAGUGUCCUUAUGUCUGAAAUUUCUUUGAAAUGCAUCAAAACAUAAGAUGAAUUGGGGGAGAUAGAAGCUGAUAUGUGAUAAAACAAGUGCAGUAACAUGUUAAUAGUGGAAUCUGGGUGAUGCGGAUACAGAUGUUCAUUUUAACAGGUAUUCAUCCUUUCAACUUUGUUGUAUGUUUGAAAUUUUUCAUAAUAAAAGGGUGAGUUAUUUGAGGGUUUUGCAGUAAAGUUCUUGGCUAGGCUUAGGACAGGGCAAAUAGAGACACGAAGCUCAGGGAGACAGGAGCCUGGCAGUGUGACCUUGCAAAAGUAAUAAUUUUUCAGUCUGUUUCUUCAACUAUCACGGAGGCACAAUGGCGGUCGGUAUUAUUAAGAACUUUGUCGUGGGGAAGGGGGGGUCCUCAAUCCAGGUCCCAGCCACGCCACGUGCCCACUGCCCUUUGUGCCCUAUCAGCGCCCCUUCACACCCAGCAGCCCUUCAAAGGCCUAUCCUGGCAGUCGCUGUCGUAGCCGCACCCCGGCUUCCGGGACGGCACCGGAAGUCGCUUCUCAAACGCUCUUCCUAUUGGAAGCCGGCCUUUCGCGGGGGCGGGGCCAUUGGGAGGCGGAAACAGCCGCAGCUAUGGCGGCGGCAGCGCUGCUUUCUCUGUUGGUGCUGCUGCUUCUCGGGCCGGGCGUCUGGGGCCAGACGGAGCCCCCACGCGACAGCCUGCGGGAGGAGCUCGUCAUCACCCCGCUGCCUUCUGGGGACGUAGCCGCCACAUUCCAGUUCCGCACGCGCUGGGAUUCGGAGCUGCAGCGGGAAGAAGUAUCUCAUUAUAGGCUCUUCCCCAAAGCACUGGGGCAGUUGAUCUCCAAGUAUUCUCUACGGGAGCUGCACCUGUCCUUAACCCAAGGCUUCUGGAGGACUCGAUACUGGGGGACACCCUUCUUGCAGGCCCCAUCAGGUGCAGAGCUGUGGGCCUGGUUCCAAGACACCGUCACUGAUGUGGAUAAGUCCUGGAAGGAGCUCAGUAACGUCCUCUCGGGGAUCUUCUGCGCCUCUCUCAACUUCAUUGACUCCACCAACACAGUCACGCCCAGCGCCUCCUUCAAACCCCUGGGGCUGGCCAAUGGCACAGAUCACUCCUUCCUGCGCUAUGCGGUGCUGCCUCGGGAGGUCGUCUGCACUGAGAAUCUCACCCCGUGGAAGAAGCUCUUGCCCUGCAGUUCCAAGGCAGGCCUCUCUGUGCUGCUGAAGGCUGAUCGCCUGUUUCACACGAGCUACCACUCCCAGGCAGUGCAUAUCCGCCCUGUUUGCAGAGAUGCACGCUGUGCCAGCAUCUCCUGGGAGCUGAGGCAGACCCUGUCCGUUGUAUUUGAUGCCUUCGUCACGGGGCAGGGGAAGCAAGACUGGUCCCUCUUUCGGAUGUUCUCCCGAACCCUCACAGAACCCUGCCCCCUGGCUUCGGAGAGCCGAGUCUAUGUGGACGUCACCAACUAUAGCCAGGACAAUGAGACAUUGGAGGUGUACCCGGCCCCGCUCACCACGUACCAGGACGUCGUCCUGGGCACCCGGAAGACCUAUGCCGUCUACGACCUGCUGGACACGGCCGUGAUCAACAGCUCGCGCAGCCUCAACCUCCAGCUCAAGUGGAAGAGACCCCCAGGGAAUGGUGGGUGGGAGGUGGGCAGCCGCAGCCCCCAUAGGCUACAGAGGGUUCAGCUCGUGGGGAAGACUCACAGUCCUGCCUCUUCACCGCGAGAGGCCCCACCCACGCCCUUCCUGUACGCCCAGCGGUACGUGAGCGGCUACGGGCUGCAUAACGGGGAGCUGAGCACACUGCUGUAUAACACCCACCCGUACCGGGCCUUCCCCGUGCUGUUGCUGGACACUGUGCCCUGGUACCUGCGGCUGUACGUGCACACCCUCACCAUCACCUCCAAGGGCAAGGAGAACAAACCAAGUUACAUCCACUACCAGCCUGCCCAGGACCGGAUGCAGCCCCACCUCCUGGAGAUGCUGAUUCAGCUACCGGCCAGCUCGGUCACCAAGGUCUCCAUCCAGUUUGAGCGGGCGCUGCUUAAGUGGACCGAGUACACCCCGGACCCCAACCACGGCUUCUACGUCAGCCCAUCUGUCCUCAGUGCCCUCGUGCCCAGCGAGGUGGCCGCCCAACCCGUGGACUGGGAAGAGAGUCCCCUCUUCAACACCCUCUUCCCAGCCUCCGACAGCUCCAGCUACUUCGUGCGGCUCUACACGGAGCCACUGCUGGUGAGCCUGCCCACGCCGGACUUCAGCAUGCCCUACAACGUCAUCUGCCUCACGUGCACAGUGGUGGCCGUGUGCUACGGCUCCUUCUACAACCUCCUCACCCGAACCUUCCAGAUUGAGGAGCCCAGCAAGGGCGGCCUGGCCAGGCGGCUGGCCAACCUCAUCCGGCGUGCCCGAGGCGUCCCCCCGCUCUGAGGCGCGCCCUCCUCACAGCUGGGCUGCUGCUUCUCUCCGAGCUGGGAUAUGAAAAGCUCUGUCAGCCCUCCUGCAAGGCCACGAACAUGAGCCGGCUCUGCCUCUCUGACCUGCUUCUCAUCCUCCUGGUUACCCUGGUGGCUGGCACCCCGGGCGGUAAACACAAGAGCCGUGCCAGAGGUAAGUCCCGGCUCACCUCUCCUCCACAGGCUGGGGGAGAAAUGAGGCUAGUCCAUUGUCGACUGAAAAAAAGUGUGCAACCUAAAAGUUGAGAGUUGGAGGAAAUUUUUAGAACUUCAAGCCCGGGAGGCAGCAUCUCAAGUAACCGUGAGAGAACUGCUCUGAGGAGGUGAGCGGGAAGCCAGCAUAUAUAGAAGGAAGUUUUCCAACAAAGGGCAGGUAGUCUGAAUGUCAAAAGAUUAUUGUAUAUGAAAGAAAACCAGAUAUCCCAAGUUAAGGAAUUUAGCACUUUUCUUUUUAAAUUAAAACAAUUUUUUAAAAUUUUUUUGUUUUUUACGUUUUUUCCCCUGUAAUUUAUUUCUAAUGUCAUAGCAUUGCAGUUGGAAAAGAUGCUUGAUAUGAUUUCAAUUUUCUUAAAUUCAUCGAGGCUUCCUUUGUGACCCAAGAUGUGAUCUAUCCUGGAGAAUGUUCUGUGUCCACUUGAGAAGAAAGUGUCAUCUGCUGUUUUCGGAUGGAAUGUCCUAUAACUAUCAAUUAAAUCUAUCUGGUCUAUUGUAUCAUUUAAAGCAUGUGUUUCCUUAUGAAUUUUCUGUCUGCAUGAUCUGUCCAUUGGUGUAAGUGAGGUGUUAAAGUCCCCCACUAUUAUUGUGUUACUGUCGAUUUCCUCUUUUAUAGCUGUUAGCAUUUGCCGUAUGUAUUGAGGUGCUCGUAUGUUGGGUGCAUAUAUAUUUAUAAUUGGUAUAUCUUCUUGGAUUGAUCCCUUGAUCCUUAUGUAGUGUACUUCCUUGUCUCUUGUAACAUUCUUUAUUUUAAAGUCUAUUUUAUGUUCUGAAGAACCUAGGGUCAGGACAGGAAUAAAGACGCAGGCAUAGAGAAUGGACUUGAAGACACGGGGAGGGGGAAGGGUAAGCUGGGACGAAGUGAGAGAGUGGCAUGGACAUAUAUACACUACCAAAUGUAAAAUAGAUAGCUAGUGGGAAGCAGCUGCAUAACACUGGGAGAUCAGCUCAGUGCUCUGUGACCACCUAGAGGGGUGAGACAGGGAAGGUGGGAGGGAGACACAAGAGGGAGGGGAUAUGGGGAUAUAUAUAUAUGUAUAGUGGAUUCACUUUGUUAUACAGCAGAAACUAACACAACAUUGUAAAGCAAUUAUACUCCAAUAAAGAUGUUAAAAAAAAAAAGCUAGAACAAUAUUAUCCAAAAAAUAAAAAAAUAAAGUCUAUUUUACCUGA